UAUUGAAUGUGCACAUCUCUAUACAACCUAUUACAAUGCGAUAUUUUCCACAUCAACGUCAGUGCAAAAUUCUUGUCCGUGCAUUAUACUUUGGAUACGCAAAGAUACAUAACAUUGCAAAAGUCGGCAUGGCAACUAACGUUCAAAAGUCCUCAAAGCCAAUUGUGGAGAAGUUUGUAUAUCCUGUUGUUCGCAAAGACUUGUCAAUUGUGGACGACUUUCAUGGCACAAAAAUAAUUGAUGCUUACCGCUGGCUUGAAGACCCCGAUUCUCCUGAAACGCAGGCAUAUGUUGAUAGUCAAAAUAAUAUUAGCCAGCCGUUCCUUGAAAGUUGUCCGGAGUGGAAGAAAAUAAAUAAUAAACUAACGAAACUAUGGAACUAUCCAAAAUAUGGAUGCCCGAUGAAGUAUGGCGAUUAUUAUUAUUAUUUCAUGAACACCGGUCUACAAAAUCAAAGUGUUAUGUAUCAGCAAGCUUCUUUAAAUGGCGAAAGUAAAGUUUUUCUAGACCCCAACAGUUUAUCUGAAGAUGGUACAAUUGCUCUAUCGCAGAAGUCGUUUUCCGAUGACGGAAAAUUUAUGGCUUACGGGCUUAGUGAAAGUGGAUCAGAUUGGAUUAAGAUUCGUAUACGUAACGCUGAGACCGGUAAAGACUUCGACGAGGUGCUUGAAAAGGUGAAAUUUUCGGAAAUAUCGUGGACUAAGGACAAUAAGGGAUUCUUUUAUGGAAGAUAUCCUGACCAAGAUGGCAAAACUGAUGGUUCCGAGACCCAACAAAAUCAAAACCAAAAGCUUUACUAUCAUCGCAUCGGAGAAAGUCAGGCAAAAGAUGUGCUAGUUGUUCAGUUCAAUAAUGAGCCAUCAUGGCGCUUUCAAUCUGUUGUCUCCGAUUGUGGAAAAUACUUAGUAUUGGCCAUCGUUAAGGACUGUCGUGAUAAUAUAAUAUACUAUGCCGAUCUUAAGCCUGGAGAAGAAAUAAAAUCUGAACUGGAUGUUAAAAUCAUUGUCGAUAAAUUUGAGUCAGACUACGAUUAUGUCACUAAUGUUGGCUCCAAGGUUUAUUUCCGCACAAACAAGAAUGCUCCGAAUUAUCGUGUCAUAAUUAUUGAUUUUGAAAAUCCGGCCGAGGAGAACUGGGAAACCCUUAUACCUGAACAUGAGAAAGACGUUCUGGAUUGGGUAAAAUGUGUCAAUGAAGAUAAGAUUCUUCUUUGUUAUAUCAGGGACGUGAAAACAAUUUUACAAGCGAAUUCACUUCGAACUGGAGAAUUGAUACGACAAUUUGAUUUAGAUAUUGGCACCAUUGUCGGAACUUCAGGAAAAACAAAAUAUUCGGAAAUUUUCUAUAAUUUUUCAUCGUUUUUAAAUCCAGGAACAAUUUAUCAUUAUGACUUUAAAUAUCCAGAUCAGCCACCAAAAGUGUUUCGUGACAUCAAUCUGAAUUUGGAUGGUUUCAAUCGGGAUAAUUACAUCGUUGAGCAAAUAUUUUAUUCAAGCAAAGAUGGCACUAAGGUGCCAAUGUUUAUUAUACGAAAGAAAGCCGAUACUAUACAGCCACGCCCAUGUCUGCUUUACGGCUAUGGCGGCUUUAAUAUUAGCAUGCUUCCAACAUUUGGACUUACGGGUCUUAUGUUUGUAGAUACAUUUGAUGGCGUCUUGGCCUAUCCUAAUAUCCGUGGCGGUGGAGAAUAUGGCGAAAAAUGGCAUAACGGCGGGCGCUUGCUCAACAAACAAAACGUGUUUGACGACUUUCAGUGCGCUGCCGAAUAUUUGAUUAAAAACAAUUAUACCACAAAGGAUCGAUUGGCAAUUCAGGGUGGAUCCAAUGGCGGUCUCCUAGUUGGUGCUUGUAUUAAUCAACGUCCUGAUUUAUUUGGAGCAGCAGUUGCUCAAGUCGGUGUCAUGGAUAUGCUGCGAUUCCACAAGUUUACUAUUGGCCAUGCCUGGUGCUCGGACUAUGGAAAUCCCUCUGAGAAGGAACACUUCGAUAAUCUUUACAAGUUGUCACCGUUGCACAACGUCCAUACACCAAAUGAUGCAUCGAGCGAGUACCCAUCUACACUGAUUUUGACGGCUGAUCAUGAUGAUCGUGUCAGUCCAUUGCACUCCUUAAAGUUUGCUGCUGCAUUGCAAGAAGCUGUUCGCGACUCUCCAUUCCAGAAAAAUCCGUUGCUACUGCGCGUAUACAAAAAAGCUGGGCACGGUGCUGGCAAACCAACAUCUAAACGCAUCGAGGAGGCAACAGAUAUUCUUACAUUUAUGUAUAGAAGCCUAAACAUCGAUGUCAUCAAUUUAUAAUUCAUCAGUAUAUAUACCGUUAUGAUUUUCUUAAGAAUAAUCCUGUCUAUUAAAUUGGAAGCGAUAUUUAAUGUUCGAAUUGUU